CACAAAGAAGAAAUUCGUCACAACCAUUUGUGACGAAUGAAACCCGUUUCUUAUUACCUAAGUCUUUUUUUUUAAAGAAAGGAAAACCCGCAUGCCGCCGUGAAAACUCGUACAGUUCGCAGUAUUAAACGUUACAAUGUUUGAAUAUGUGCCGUGUCGCGUACGAGACGCUUUUGCGUAUGUUUUGUUUUGUUGUCGUCGCGCUACACUGAGAUGGAGCUCAUAAUAGCUCGCUUCAAGUCGUGUGUGCUAUUACUUUAGAAUCAAUUGGACUUUCAUUUUCAUAGUGCGUGAAUUUGUCGUUUGGCUUCAGCUAUAAUUUGUCUUGUUGCAGGUAACAAGAUGAAUCAGGAGAAAUUGGUCAAACUUCAGGCCGAAGUGCGGAUAGGAGGGAAGGGUUCAGCACGCAGGAAGAAGAAGGUGGUACACAGAACUGCUACAGCAGAUGACAAAAAGCUUCAACUUUUACUAAAAAAGUUGGCUGUCAAAAAUAUUGGCGGGAUUGACCAGGUCAACAUGAUCAAGAACGACGGGACGGUGAUCCACUUCAACAACCCCAAAGUGGAGGCCUCGCUGUCGGCCAACACGUUCGCCGUCAUGGGAUACGCCGAGUGCAAGCGGUUUUAUUCUUUUGUUUCCAGCACUUGACAGCAAAUCUCCAAAAGUAGAAGACAUCGAGGAAGAGGAGGAUGAUGUUCCAGGUAGUUUUUUUGUGGUUGUUGUAUCUAUUGCAUAAAAGACCUAAGCCUGGUACAUGGUUGCCAAUUUUGACAUUACAUCCCAAUUUAAAAUCAGAAGUGAGUGACACAUGAUUAAGGGGGGGGGGGGAUGUUUUCACUUGUUGUGUUAGCUUGUUGCCGUGAAGAUUUGGUGGAGAACUUUGACAAAAACCAGAAAAAAACUGGGUGCAAACACACACAAACGAGAGACUUUUCUUCUUCCAGAUGACCAAGCAGGCUGACAUCAUUCGAGCUUCAUUUGUCGCCACAUUGUCAGUCAUUUUAAAUGUUCAAAGUUGUUUGUUUAUGACAACAGUAUAAAGAUGAUUCAUUUUUCUAGAGGCCGUCGUCAUCACUGCCAAUUGAGGGAUCAAAGAAUUCAAACCAGCAGAGCCACAUUAGGUACACCCAUACAAACUAAUGGUAAUGAACAACAAAUAAACAAGCUGUUUCAGUA